CUGGGACGAAACAGAGCUGGGGGUUACUGCCUGCGAAAGUGACCUGGAUCAGAAAUAAUCCAUCUGUCAAUCUCUUGCUGAGGAAACAAUCUCUCUCGUUAUUGGUGACAGGAUGAAGCUUUGUUAGGUGGGAAUCUACUGAGAUUACUCUUAUUCCCUAACGCUGGGAUGCACGUUUGGUUCUGAUUCUCAGGAUGUCUUCCAAGCAACCAGCUUCUCCGUAUGGGGAAGCAGAUGGAGAGGUAGCCAUGGUGACAGGCAGACAGAAAGUGGAAGAGGAAGAGCGUGGCGGCCUCCCAGCCUUUCACCUUCCUUUGCAUGAAGUUGAUAGCAAUAAAGUGAUGUCUUCAUUUGCCCCACACAACUCAUCUACCUCCCCCUCGAAGGCCGACGAAGGUGGGCGUCAAAGUGGAGAAUCAUUUUCCAGCACGGCACUGGGAACUCCUGAACGGCGUAAAGGAAGCCUAGCAGAUGUGGUGGACACUCUCAAACAGAGGAAGAUGGAGGAGAUGAUCAAGAAUGAGCCUGAAGAAACCCCCAGUAUUGAAAAACUACUAUCAAAAGAUUGGAAAGACAAGCUCCUUGCCAUGGGAUCAGGCAACUUUGGAGAAAUAAAAGGAUUGAAAAUUGGGGUCCAAGGUCAGCUACCACCACUAAUGAUCCCCGUAUUCCCUCCAGACCAGCGAACCCUAGCCGCAGCGGCCCAGCAAGGAUUCCUCCUGCCACCUGGUUUCAGCUACAAGACAGGCUGUAGUGACCCUUACCCCGUUCAGCUGAUUCCAACAACAAUGGCAGCUGCUGCCGCAGCAACCCCAGGUUUAGGCCCGCUGCAACUGCAGCAAUUGUACGCCGCGCAACUUGCAGCCAUGCAAGUGUCUCCUGGUGGAAAAAUAUCCGGCAUUCCCCAAAGCAACAUGGGUGCAGCGGUAUCGCCUACCAAUAUUCACACCGACAAGAUCACAACCACCCCACCACCCAAAACGAAGGACGACGUGGCCCAGCCGUUGAAUCUCUCAGCAAAGCCCAAGACAAAUGACAGCAAGUCUCCUUCGUCACCUACUUCUCCUCACAUGCCAUCAUUGAGAAUAAACAGCGGGUGCAGCUCAUUGAAAUCUUCAGUGCCAGCAACGUUAGCUAGUCCAUCAGCCAGAGUCAACACAAUAGAUAUCCUCUCCUCCAUCACAUCAUCAGGUUACUUAAAUGAUCACGAUGCUGUUACCAAGGCGAUUCAGGAAGCUCGGCAGAUGAAAGAACAGCUCCGGCGAGAACAACAGGUGCUGGAUGGAAAGGUUGCGGUUGCAAACAAUUUGGGUUUAAACAACUGCAGGACAGAUAAGGACAAGACGACACUGGAGAACCUGACUCAACAGCUGGCAGUCAAACAGAAUGAAGACGGGAAAUUUAGCCACGCGAUGAUAGAUUUCAACAUGAGUGGUGACUCUGAUGGAAGUGCGGGAGUCUCAGAAUCUCGGAUUUACCGAGAAUCCAGAGGGCGUGGGAGCAACGAGCCACACAUCAAGCGUCCGAUGAAUGCCUUCAUGGUGUGGGCAAAAGACGAACGGCGGAAGAUCCUGCAGGCUUUCCCUGACAUGCACAACUCCAACAUCAGCAAAAUAUUGGGGUCUCGUUGGAAAGCUAUGACGAACCUUGAAAAACAGCCAUACUACGAGGAGCAGGCUCGCCUCAGCAAGCAACACCUGGAGAAGUAUCCGGACUACAAGUACAAGCCCAGGCCGAAGCGGACGUGCUUAGUCGAUGGCAAGAAGUUACGGAUCGGCGAAUAUAAGGCAAUCAUGAGGAAUCGGCGUCAAGAGAUGAGGCAAUAUUUCAAUGUGGGACAGCAAGCACAGAUUCCCAUGGCAACUGCCGGUGUCGUCUACCCGGGAGCCAUCGCCAUGACGGGAAUGCCCUCCCCGCAUCUCCCCUCCGAGCAUUCAAGUGUAUCCAGUAGCCCAGAACCUGGGAUGCCCAUCAUCCAGAGCACUUACGGCAUCAAAAACGAGGAGACCUCUCACGUCAAAGAGGCGAUCCAGAGCGGGGACAUCAACGGUGAAAUGUACGAAGACGAUGAGGAUGAAGACGACGACCCCGAUGUGGACUACGGCAGCGAAAGCGAGAACCACAUCGCAGGACAAGCCAACUGAUCUCGGGGGGGGUCCCCCAUUCUUGGUUUUUUUGACCUCGGAGGACUUUUAACGGAGAGCCCCACCGUCUGGUUUCUUACCCAGUGGCCAAGCACACAAACAUUUUAUCCUCACACACUGACUGUUACUUUAAAACAAAAACUUUUUAGUCUUAACUAGUUGGGACAUCCGCUGAUCAGGAGAGAUCAGCUUGCGUUGAGAACUUUGGAAAAACAAGGAAGGGAUUCUAAAAGAAAAAAGAAAAAGAAAGAAAGACAAAAGGCUCAGAGGAAGAAACCCUAUCGAGGAAGUCAAUAAUGACAAAAAGAAAAACAAAAAAAGGACAAAAAAAAAUAAGCUAUGGGUAACAUAAUGCCAGUAAUUCAGCUGCUAUACCCAAGCACUGAAGUCUUACCCGUUCAACCUUUUA